UUUUCAGGGGAUGCCGAAGCUGGUACAGGUGCCUGCGCUGGCGUUGGUGCAGUUGGUGCUGUUGCUGGUGUUGGUGGCAUUGCUGGCGCUGUUGGAGCUGGCAUUGGUGGCGCUGUUGGAGGUGGCAUUGGUGGUGCUUCUGGUGCUGUUGGAGCUGGCUUGGAAUCCUUAGUUUCUUUGAUAUCCUUAUUGUCCUAA